AUGGGGAAGAGCAGUGAAAUGCUGAAGGUGGAAAGUCAAUUGAGCUACGCAGUCAGGCGAGGUGAGGCGAGUCUUGACCAUGAAAUGAUAGAAACGGGACGAAUCUGCGUUCGCACUGGAAGGUCAGCUAAACUAUGGUACCUAGGCGGUGAUAGAGGGUGGCUAGGCCUUUGGCACCCGGAUCUCAUGGUGUCGGCCGAUGGGCCGUUCCAGACGAAGCUUAUUCUCCAGAAGGCUCCGUUGCCAUCGGUGCCUCCCGAGCUGCCCCAACCCGACAAGCGAGCUGGUCCAGUGGUGGCUGGCAACAAUGGGCUGACGGCUCCAAAUCUACUGCCGCCAUGGCCCGUAGUCCAGUUCCCGAGCACUGCGUUCUCGAAGCUGUGGACGGAGAUUCUUGUGGAAGAAGUACACGGUACCAGGUGUCGUGGGCCUCCUCAAUCAUCUGAUCAUCAGAAUGGGCGCGAGCUCUAG